AUGAUGGGAUCCUUCAACAAGUACACGGAUGGAUUGGCCAUUCCCUUGGAACCAGAUACCUAUGGCGAAACCAUGGAACACAUUGACCCAAAGUUUGUCCUCUCCAAAUCUGCCACGGUUGGACUGAGGUUGGACGACCCAAAGGCAGCACUACCCUUGCCACCCAAGGACGAUUGGACACUGCAAUUGGCUAUUAUUUACCAAGGGUUGCGUCCAGGUGGCGCAGCCGCGUUGGAUUCCAAACUGGCCAAGGGGGUCCCCUCUGAGGCGGAAGAUUGCAUUGCCUUUUUGAAGGACUUGACUGGGGCGACCUUUACUGUGCUGCAAAAGCUACAGCAUGCUCGCUUACGACUGGCUCUGACGGCCAUUCUCAGCAAGAACUUUGUCUCGGAUGGGAUUUCACUGUCAACCAAAGCAUUGGCGGGGAUCCAAUACUGCGGUCAGUUGCAGAAUGAGCAGUUAAAGUCAGAGCUGCAGCAAGUCUUGGCCAACGUGGCGGACGACAAAUAUUCCAAGAGCGACAACAAUAAAGUGUUGCUACUGAAAGCAGCAAAGGCGUUAUCGUACAAUCCCAGUCGCAUGACGGAGACCAUUAUUGAUGAAAUUGAAGCUUCCUCUAUUACAGCCGAGAACAUGGUCGAGUUGGUUUCCUUUCUAGCUACCCUUCAAGCCUUGCAUAGGUUUGAAAUUUACUUUCAAGUGGCAGAGGAGAACUAA